AACAUAUAAGGAAGUAGACAUCUAACACAUAAGUAUGGAGAGCCCGGAGUUAACUUUUAGUCUAGCAUACAUAGUAUUCUCUCUGUGCUUCGUGUUUACCCCCAACGAGUUCCGCUCGGCCGGUUUGACCAUCCAGAAUCUAUUUUCGUCCUGGCUGGGGAGUGAGGACUUGGGCUUCAUCCAGUACCACGUCAGGAGGACCAGUAUCACCAUACUGGUCCACUCCGCACUGCCGCUAGGUUACUACAUGGGGAUGUGUAUCGCUGCUCCUGAAAAAAACCUGGCAUACAUCCACCAGGUGAGUGAAAGCUGGAGAGCAUUUCUCCUCCUCUCUCUCUGCCUCCAGUUGGCCAGCUGGACACUCGUCAUCUACUGGUCCCGCCAUCACUGGCACAACCAUCCGAUCAGCCGGGCCCUGCAGGCCCACAUACAGCCCCCUCACUCCAACUGGGGCUCUGUAGCAUCCAGUAUCAACACUGAGUUCAGACGUAUAGAUAAGUUUGCUACAGGGGCACCUGGAGCCAGAGUUAUUGUUACUGACAGCUGGGUUUUAAAGGUGACCACCUAUUACAUCUACAUGGCCUUACAGAGUGAAUGUCAUGUGACAGUGACGGAGUCCAGACAACACCAACUGAGUCCGGACUCGGCUGCCCCCACACAGAUCUUGACCCUGAGAGUGGACAGCAUUAACCCUGCUGUCAGACCCUUUGAUAUCAGGCUCAACUCUACAGAGUAUGCAGAGCUCAGGGAGAAGCUCCAUGCUCCCAUCAGAAACUCUCCCAAUGUAGUGAUCCACCAAACCAUGAGUGAACUCUUCUUAGAAACAUUUCGAGCUCAAGUGGAACUCAAUCAACCGUACACCCCCCCCAGUGGACAGGAGAUAGAGCCCUGUAUCGGCUGUAUGCAGGUUCCAGCAAGCACCAAGCUGGUGAGAUUGUGCCACACAGAAGGAGCUGAUAAUGAGUCAGAGUGCCAGCAGUGUUUCUGCAGACCGAUGUGGUGUCUGUCCUGUCUGGGUCGAUGGUUUGCCAGCCGCCAAGACCAGCAAAGACCUGAGACCUGGUUGUCCAGCAGGGUCCCCUGCCCAACCUGUCGAGCCAAAUUCUGUAUACUGGACAUCUGUGUGGUCCACUGACGCCUCAUACGUGCAGAUCCAAACAGACUUUAUCCUCUUAAACCCCUGAAAGAGAAGCAGUGGACAGGACUUUGGACUGAACUUAGUUAUGUACCUGCUUAUUGUAUGCUUUCAGUAAGGAGUGAUUGUUCAGAAUAAUGAUUGGUUCUGAAUACAUACAUAGUAUAUAGUAGCCUGAUCAAUGUUAUACUUUGGGAGGUGUUCUUGUUUGGUGUUUACCCCAAGUCAGAUAAGAGGGAUAAUAUCAGUUACUAAAAGACAACCAGGAUGUGUUAUGCUGGGUUCAGACUACACAAUAUCAGCCCGAUGCGGCCGUUGUAUGGUGCACGCUUAGAUCCUGAACGACAAUGAGUGUCAUACGUGAUGAUCCAUAGUUUUAUCCUGUGUAGUGUGUUAUAGUAAAUGGCAACUGACUCAACGUCUGGGACACAUCACGACUUCUCAACAGGAAGUCUAGCAUGUUUGAUUUUCUUUUUGUCUUCCACAACUUCUCCUGUCAUAGCCAUCACUUUGACCAAUAGAAACGCAGAGCGAUCUGCUGCUGUGGACAACAGUAUGUCAAGAGAAAAAUGAGGUUGUGAAACAGCAGAAGCGCUUUAGCAACCUGGUGAGCACUCAUAAUGAAGGAUAUAAAGAAAUAAAAUUCACUAAUAGCGGUGGACCUUUAACUCUCUACGAGAGUACCAGCUUCAUUUGACACAGACUACAUAAGAAACAGGUGGUUAUUUUCAGACACAGGCCUUUAUUUCUCAUUCCUUCUGUAUUUCUCUAUUUUUACUUUCAAUCGGCUCCCAUUUGCCCUGUUAAAUUGAAUGUAUUGCACAGUCAUUUCAAACUCAACACUUCUUGUAUCCGUUUAAAUUUAAAAACCCCUAAUCAUUUCAGUUGAGAGAAUCCUUUCAUAUCAUAAAAAAGACUUCUAUUGUGAAACAUUUGCAGCAGCUUGUUGUGGAGGAUUCAGUGAGGAUUCAGCAUAGUUUGCAUGUGGUACUUCAAAUGUAGCUCCUUCCUUCUGGUGACAGUUUUUAUGUUACUUCUAUAACAGUUCAGCUGGGACGUGAACAGUUACAGUGAAUGAAAUAACAGUAACCAGCAAUGAUUGGUCAUGGACCAGCAUGUAGCCUGUCAAGUCUGUAGGCCAAGUCACAGCAAGAUUUUAUGACUCCCCAAUCGCCUUAUCUGACAUAACGACUGUCUGAACGGACAGAAAUGUCGUGUAGUGUGAACCCAGCAUUAGCUUAGCAGAAAGACUGACUGCAUUUAAAACAGACUCACUCCUGCUCAAAAUAUAAAAGCAGCCUUUAGCAGCUGGCAGGUGAUCACAUCUCUUGAGCAGGAAUAGCCAGUCAGACACAAGAAAUGAACUUACGUCUGCAUUAUCAUUUAUUCUGUAAAAAAUCCUCUGAUGUUCUCACUGAUAAUGUUAUCCUGCACACAUCAUUUUGUUCAAAUAGCAAUAUGCAGGUUGGAGACCCACUGAAACAGUUCAUAUGGAAAUGAUAAAGAAACAGAUUUUUGUAAAGUAAAAAAAACCAUCAAUACCACAGCAGUGUCUGGAGUGGUUUUUAUAAGGUAUUUUUAUGUGCACCUCAAAAAAAACAAGUUGGACCUGAUGUCUCGUUAGGGAGAUAGACCAAAGUAGGUGACGUUUAACAACAGGAAAUCUAGAUCCUAGUGUUAGUUUUGACACAGAAGAGGCUGUAAAUAUGUAUAAAUAUGUAUAUGACAGAGCAGAGCUUUAUAAUUAUGAGCCUGCCACAUGUCAAAGACACCAGGAACAGAGAAGCAUCUGGAGAAGUAUGGACUAUCUGCACAGCAGGACGGGUGUCUUGACAGGUGCUAAUGAUAGCUAAUGCAGUGUUCACAUCAUAACAUUGUUAGGUUAACUGUCACAUUGCAUAGGAAAACUAGUACAGGUUUUCUAACAGUGGCAGGAGUAUUAAUACAUAUGCAUGAUAGGAACUGUAAUGCCAAGUGUCACCUUGUAUCAGUAGUUUCUUACACUGUCCUAGAUGCAUUGCAGUUCAGACAGUAAGCCACUUUCUGCAACACAAAUCUAAGAGUUUACUACACCACCAAAACUCAAAGCACAAGAUCAGAACUUUUUCAAAUAUGCGUGUGAAUGUACCAAAUGUAAAUGGUUAAAAAACAGUGGACCCAUUUAAAACUAAAAAGAACUACUUUGGAAUAAAGCUGCUCAAUCCUCGAUGCUAGAUAUUAAAUCAAUAUAAAUAUAAGCAUGACUAAAUAGUGAACGUUCUCAAAGAUGUCCUGCAUUGUUGAGAAUGUUACUCAGUCCCUGGCCCAUGGCCUAACUGUUAACCAGAAUUCAUGGAAAUCUCUAAGCAGGUUUUAGAGAAAUCUCACAAAUGAACAAGUGACUGAGUGUGUAAGCUCUGUUGCUUAGGUUAAUAUGACACCCAUUCUCGAGAAUUGGGACAAAUCAUGUCCUACCAAUUAAAAAACCCUUCAAAUUAUAACCAAUCAACACACUACUUCUGUUUCAGGAGUGAAACAUUGUGUUUAAAGGAUUUAUGUAUAUGAAAUAAAUAUGAUUUAUAAAUUUUUGUUCGGCUUUCAUUGUUUUUAAACUUACAAACUUGCAUAGUGUCAGAAACAACCUCGUUCCAGACAAGAAUUCAAAACUGUGAACAAUUAAAAAUCUGUUAAAAGCCUUCAAAACCUAAAACUAACAGUACGUAUCAAUAAUAUUGGUGUCAAAAUGCGCUACUAUAUUCAUUUUUGUUUUAAAACAGAUUUUUUAUGAAAAUGUUGGCCCUUUAAAGAUGUGUCCCAGAUUUCUGUCAGCUCCAUCAGAUUUCUACAAAAACAUAAUUUAAACAGUCAUAAAAAGGUGUUAGCUAUAUCACAAGGACUCUUGUGUAAGCUCCUGGUUUCCAAAAAGAUGAGGAUGCUGCUCAAGUACUAGUAAGAUUUCUAUAUUCUGAUAAAUUCAUAAAUCAUAUUGCUGUCAGGUGUGUGUCAACCAUAACAGGUCAGCGCUGUAGCCCUUCUAAAUCCAAACUAAAUAAGAAUUACAAAUUAAAAGUGAGUAUUUUGAUGAGCAUUAAGAGAACUCUGAGAAACUUUGAAAAAUUAAAUGGCUCCUCACUACAACUGCAGUAAAAUUAUUAACUUAUCGUCAACUCUUCAAGAAGAAAUUCAAUCACUGGGAGGUUAGCCCAUUACAAGGUUUAAUAGUCAAGACUUUGAUUUUUUUUGAAUUGUAUGCUCCCAGCCUAAUUGAAGA